GGCGUCUGUCUGUUCGUCAGCGGAUCUCCUCCUGUUUUAUUCAACACCAUUGGACACCGUGAACACCGCAGGAAGUUAUUUGCAAAACAGGAACUUGAAGUUCCACCUCUCAGCGAUGAAUUACAGGGGACUGUCACGUGAUUAGGUGAAAUUUCUGUCUCCCGGUGAUGACAACACGUCAUGUUUAGGAGCGUGGUUAUAGGACUUCCCCGGAUGUUUUACCCAACCAUGAACCUCGUUUUCGCCUGGUUCUCUGCGACAGAGGCAACGUAAUCAAAAUAGUGCUAUAAAUACAUAUCCCACGACAGCCUCCUUUGACAUUUUCACGACGUCUUACAAGCUUUUCUUCGACCAGGAUGAUAUUGAUAAGAAUCGCAUCGGUUUAAAGCAUCAGACAAAUGGAAUCAAACUGCCAUAUAAACAAAAAGCCUGCAUACGGAGACUGAACAACUCAAGCUUAACCAGAAAAAAAAGCUAAAUAGGGAUGAAGAUCUGGACGAGACAGAAGGGGGGGGUUCCCCAGGAUUGAUCCAGCUCCUGACGUCGUGUCAGCGUAAUUAAACUGACGAAGCUAGUUAAAAAGCCGGAGCGGGACCCGUGAUCCGAACACGACAAAUUAAGCAUGAGUGCUGCCUGCAUUACAAUAAACAUCCGGGGCUUCGCCCAUCAAGUCUUGUUUAUGGUCCUGGAAUUUCCACUGGGGUCUCCUCUUAUGGCCUCCGUAAACACCGACGUCCAAUGUCGCCGUGUGCUCUCUUGUUUUAUCGCUUCUCCUCUAAUCAGCUUUAAGUAACUCGUACGACUAGUUUUUACAACUGCUCGCACUUUAUGUAUAUCUGUGUUAAAAUACCCAGAGCUCCGCUAAAUUGUUGCUUGCAGAACCAUUUAUAAGAAUUAAGACAAAAGGAAACUUGAAAGAUUUAAAAGAACCAUUGCAGUCCUAUUGUCUGUCAUUUUGGUUUAAUUGGUCUGAGAUAUAUCGUUGCAGUUUUUAAUCAAAGAACUGAGGUCCAAGGUUUGUCAUUCCCGAGACUGGCUGGGAUAUAGAGGAUAUAUGUUUUCUGUUUGUUAUUUAUCUCGACAAUCUCCAUGCUCCUUUCGUCACCAUUAGCAAUUACUGAGGAAAGCCCCCAAUAUUUGUCCUCAUCUCGGAGAUGCUUACAAGAUAUCACUCAAUAAUAAGGAAAUCAAAACUCUCUAGGGACGCGGACCGAAGUCAUGGGAUGGAGCAAGCUGUUGGUGAUGGUGGAGAGCAAUAGCCAUUUUACAAUAUUGUUAAGUCGUUCACAGAUCCGUUCAGUAUGGUGAAGCACAGCAACAGGUGAACUAUUGUAUUAGCUUGCACCUAUAUUAUGAUCGGAUCGAAUCGUUCUCUUCAACAUAGGUGAUUGUCAAUGAAUCACCGUGAACUAUAUAAGGUUCAGCACUGCUUCGUUGCGGGCCUAUAUUGGUGAGUUUUGGUUGUGACUGUGGGUGAGCAAGCUUUAGAGGUCUCUACCAGACCGACCCUUGUGUGAUGUAUAUUGAUUGAGAGCUUCCUUAGAAGUCAUUGGGGGGUAUACGGAACAAUUGUCGUCUAAUAGACAGUACGUAGCUAACGUUGUAAGAUAUCAAGGCGAAACGAAUCCAGUCGGGCAAUGUAGGCGUUACUAGGCGUGAGUGGACCUCCCGAGUCUGGCCAUUAAGGUAUAGCCUACGUUUUAAUGUAUUGUCUGGAAUUGAAUUGCUACUGAAACUGCCCGCAUCGCCACGGCAAGGUGUGAUUAAAAAGAAUAUUCCAUUUGCUCUUGCAUUUAUUUACAUAUGUAUUGUGAGAUUUAGGAGAAUAAAAACGGGAUUUUAUUUCUUCAAAGUGAAUUAAAUUAAAACUAAAUGCAUCAACCAGCCAAAAAAUGGAAAAAUAUCAACAGUCGAGAGGGAUUUGUUCUUCAACAUCAAGAGAAAUCAGCUGACAUUUAAUCUGUUGUGUUACACCGAGGUAAUUUCUAAUAACUUCCAGUAUGACACGACAGCCGGUAGAAUUUUUACCUGAGAGUCUACCUGAGCACACCUGAUUACACAGUCGUUUCCCAUCGAGAACGAAUUGUAAUCAGGAUGCAGAUGGGGGCCAAUCAGUCUCUUCGUUUCAACAUCCACGAAAUUAUUCCAGUGAAAUUUUAAUCGGGAUCGCUUAUCACUCGAGCCCGAUGAUUAGAUAUUUGGACCUGUUUGGAUAUAUAUAUAAUUUUCGCUGUUGCUUUGCAAUAUUUGUAUCUGAUGCUGUGCUCUGGUUCUGAAUAAUUAAUACCGUGUAACGUAAAUCGCAUUUAAAAUAUGUGUAGUUUUCGAAUGAACAGUGAAAUGCUUAUGAACAGUCUGGGUCUUGGGGUAAUUUUUUUUGUCCUCGGCCGGAUUUCUAUCGCAAAGAGCGAUGCAUCCCCCGUGGACAUCAAACUUGGGGUGCUCAUUCCCGCGGUCAGCACGAAGGAGGAUAUCCCGCCGAAGUCCCGGGCCCUGACGGCCAUACAGAUAGGGUUAGAGAAGGUACGGGGGGAAGGGGUGGUGAGCGGGAUCAACUUUAUUGUCAACUACAGGGACUCGAACUGUUCGGGGACCUGGGCGCCAUUACACGCCAUGGACAUGUACUACAAAAACGAGUCGCACGUGUUCUUUGGCCCGCUGUGUACCUUUGCGACCUCUGCCGUCGCGCGCUACUCCCCGUACUGGGGAAUUCCCGUGAUUACCCCCGGGGCUCGAGCGGAGAAUUUCAAGGACAAGGAGGAGUUCCGACUACUGACCCGUAUGACGGGGUCGUACUCCAACACCGCGGACGUCGUCUACACCAUCUUGAAAUAUUUCUCUUGGAAACUGGCGGGGAUCAUUCUACACAACAACCUGGUCGUGCCUGAGUUGGGGGACGCCGACAGCUACUUUUUGUGUAAACCGGUGUUUACUGUACUAAAGAGGACGGGGCCCCGGGUCUGGUACAGCCAGAUUGAUGAGAACUACAUGGAUAAAUACAACUUGGGGAACAUUCUCCGAGAGGCCAGUCGCAAUUGUCGAAUUGUGGUGCUAUGUGCCUCUGCAGACUCCGUGAGAGAAAUCAUGAUCAAAGCUCACGAACUCAACUUCGACAAUGGGGAGUACGUCUUCCUCAACAUUGACUUGUUUAGUAGCAAAGAGGAUAGCGAAAAGCCCUGGUAUCGAGAAAACGAUACAGCGGAGCGGAACCAAAAGGCCAGAAAAGCUUACGAAGCAUUGAUGACCGUAACUCUCCGGAAGCCGACGAGUCCAGAAUACCGGAACUUUUCAGAGGAGGUUAAAAAAAGAGCCGGAAACGACAGCUUUGCAUAUGGCGAAGACGAGGUGAACAGUUUCGUGGGUGCGUUCCACGACGCUGUGAUUCUGUACGCUUUAGCCUUAAACGAAACACUGGCAAACAAUCGCUCCAUCACUAAUGGUACGGAAAUCACACACCGGAUGUGGAACCGAACAUUCGAAGGUAUUACAGGAACUGUCAGCAUUGACAGUAAUGGCGACAGGAAUGCCGACUAUUCGCUGCUAGACAUGGACCCUCAUACUGGAAAAUUUGAGGUCGUGGCGAAUUAUUUUGGAAAAGACAAAAAAUACGUGCCAGUGUCCAAUACAGAAAUUCACUGGGCCGGAAACCGGAAGUCCGCCCCACCGGAUACGCCAAAGUGUGGAUUUGAUGGCGCCAAAUGCCCACCAGAAAAACCGUUCCCGGAGUACGGAAUUGUGAUCAUCGUCCUUGGUUCUCUCCUUGUUAUUGUGGUCAUUGCGGCCUUCUUUAUAUACAGGCACAUCAAACUAGAGGCAGAACUAGCAGAAAUGAAUUGGCGCGUGCGCUGGGAUGACAUCAUGUUCGGAACCAUGGAGAACGACCGGAAGAUGAGACGCCAGGGCAGUAACCUCAGCCUCACCAGGCGGAACUCCAUGACCAGCGACUGUUCUGGGGACACGAUAGCCGUUCAUCUGAGUGACGUCGUACAGCGACAGCUGUUCACCAAAACCGGCUACUAUAAGGGCGCCAUUGUGGCUAUCAAAAGAAUCAACAGAAGCAGUAUUAAUAUAAACAAGCCCAUGUUGAUGGCCAUUAAAAGGGUCAAAGACCUUCAGAAUGACCACGUGGUGCGUUUCCUGGGAGCGUGUAUAGACCCGCCCAACAUGUGUAUCGUGACGGAGUACUGCCAAAAAGGAAGCCUGCAGGACGUGCUGGAAAACGAGCAGAUCAAGCUUGACUGGAUGUUCCGCUACUCACUCAUGCAAGACAUCCUACGGGGGAUGUCAUAUUUACAUAGCAGCGAAAUCCGUUCCCAUGGAAACCUGAAAAGCACCAAUUGUGUGGUGGAUGGUAGAUUUGUUUUAAAAAUCACUGACUUUGGUCUACAUGCCUUAAGGACGCCUGACCCAGAUGUAGAAGAGGGGUCAUAUGCAUAUUAUAGAAGUUUUCUAUGGACAGCUCCCGAGCUGUUACGCAUGCAGCAGAGGCCACCCGAAGGAACCCAAAAAGGAGACGUAUACAGUUUCGCCGUUAUAUGCCAGGAAAUUGUGUACCGAAUGGGUGUCUUCUUUAUGAGCAACAUUGAUCUUGGACCUGCUGAGAUUCACGAAAAAGUGAAGAACGGAGUCAAGCCUUACUUCCGGCCGACGCUCGAGGAGAGCGACUGUCCGUGUGACGAACUUGCUGUCGUCAUCAGGCGGUGCUGGGCGGAGGACCCGAUGGAGAGACCGGACUUCCAGGCGCUCAAGUCCAUCAUCCGGAAACUCAAUAAGGAUGGAGACAAGGGAAAUAUUCUAGACAACCUUUUGUCUCGGAUGGAACAAUACGCCAACAACCUAGAGGCACUGGUGGAAGAACGAACGGCCGACUACCUAGAACAGAAGAAAAAGGCCGAGGAUCUCCUGUAUAUGAUGCUUCCGAAGUCGGUGGCCUGGCAGCUGAUUCGUGGGGAGUCAGUGGCGGCCGAGGUCUUUGAGAGCGUGACGAUUUACUUCAGUGAUAUAUGCGGCUUCACGGCCCUGUCGUCAGAGUCCACGCCGUUCCAGGUGGUGGAUUUGUUAAAUGAUCUCUAUACAACAUUUGAUACCGUCAUCGAGAAGUUUGACGUUUACAAGGUUGAAACCAUCGGUGAUGCCUACAUGGUAGUUUCCGGUUUACCGACGAGAAAUGGACUUCUCCAUGCGCGAGAAAUCGCGAGAUUGUCAUUAAACCUCUUAAACGAAACUAUGUCUUUCAAAAUACGACACAGACCAAAACAGCAAUUAAAGCUCCGGAUAGGAAUCCAUUCAGGGUCGGUGUGUGCCGGUGUUGUGGGGCUGAAGAUGCCCCGGUACUGUCUGUUCGGGGACACAGUCAACACGGCGUCCAGGAUGGAAUCCAACGGACAACCCCUGAGGAUCCACGUGAGUCCGGACACCAAGGAAAUCCUGGACACGUUCGGAACGUUCGAGCUGGAACUGAGGGGCCCGGUGGAAAUGAAAGGCAAAGGUGCAAUUACUACGUACUGGUUAACGGGGGAGCGGGUGGCACCUGUGACGUCAGGCUAUAACACUGUAAUCCCUGAAAAUCCACCAAGCUAUGACACCAUCAUCUCAGAUAAAUGACGUCAUUCAAGAGGUUGUACCAGUUGAUGCUGGCAAUGGACGUCGUCUCAAGUGACGUCUUGAAAAUAACUCCUUUCGCGAGACCUCAUUGUCGUCACUCGGCUCUCAGAACCAAUCAAAUUGUGAUAUUUUUCAUGACGUCAUGCGUCUUGCUUGAUGCUGAUUUUACCAUUUCUGAUGUUGAAUACGUCACCAGCCUGGGGCCGUUAUGUCUCAACCAAUCGAAUGAUGCAAUAUGGCUGAUGAUCAUUGCGUCAUUUCUUGCUUACUUGUGAAAUUGUUAUUUAUUGAAUAAGAUUUUAUCAUUUCGUUUUAUUGUGCAUAGUAUUUGUUGUGCUGAAAUAUAACGAGGGAGAAACUUUAUUAUUAUUAUUAUUAUUUUUAUUAUAUGUACAUAGGAUUUUUUUUAUUUAUUUAUUGUGAUUUUUUAUAGAAAGUUUAUUGAGAAUACUUGUGACAAAAUGACUGUGGUAAGCCUAGCAUUAUACAUGUAUAUCGCUUACAUUUUGAAAGUCCUGCAGUAUUUCUUUCAAGGUUUUAGAUAUCGUUUUUAACUCUCUAUUUUCACAACACGCCAAUUUCAUUGCGAAAUAAUUUAUUUGAAAAGUUCAGCAUUUGCAACAAGAGUUAAUUCUAAGGGAAACUAAAAUGUUGUUAUAAAUAUGAAUGCAUACAUAUAUUCUAUAAUUUAAAAAAUUAAAAAAAAAAAAGUUUGAUAUUUGAUAAAAAAAUUUUGAAGAAAAAAAAAUGCGAAGCUUUUGUAUAUUCCUCAACAACAGAUUGUGUACAACUUGACUUGGCUAUAUAACAUUUCCGUCUGUGUACAAACAGAAAAAGAGAUUCCAUUCUAAAACAUACUGCUGAUAGUUUAUGUUGCAAACAAAGCUGAACAGAUCACUCAAUGGAAGCUUGUGUAAUAUUCUAACUAACACUGCAGGAAAAUACGUAAACUGGAUUUGAUAUUUAAUUAACAUUCACCUAACGGACAGUUUCUAAUGGUCAGAUCAACAAAUGCUAGUUAAUUAUUAUAAUUAUGACUGUCUUUAUUAUCGCGUGUAUUUUCAAAAUUCGGGUUGUCAAUACUUUAGUUGUGUAGAACUAUUAUUACUUGGACGUUAACAGAUUUUAAAAGUGAUGUAAUUUAUAUACCUGCACUAUCUGAUAGAAAGAAAAAAUACACUGUAUAAACAAAUAAAAACAUUCUCCGGAUCUUCUUUGUAUCUCGUGUGGAAGGUGAGAACAAAUAAACUGAUUGAUUACAAUUGUA